GUUAGUAUCUCGUCAGAGAGCCCGCUUAAGAUUCUCGCAACGGUCACCAUCAGUAUUUCGUCAGUACAUCUGCGUAACAUGAGAGAUUAGGUUAAUCACGAUAUAACCGUUCUAAUUUGGUGAGGUUAGAAUAUUUUUGUGGAGCGGCGUUGAAUUGAAACUUGUUUUUGAAAACUUUCAUAUAUUGUCACAAUGACUACACCUCCGAAUACUGGAUUAUCCUUUGGUACACCAAAAACUACAACAGGAAUUACUGGUCUGACAUUUGGUGCAUCUACCACAAUGACUCCUGGAACUGGUUUUGGUCUUGGCAGUAACACAAUUACAGCAACAACUACACCUUUAUCUUCAGCACCAAAUUUGCCAAAUUUUGCUCUCGCAAGUAGUGUGACAUCUACACCUGGAUCAGGACUUUCCUUUGAUCCUACUAAGGCAUCUACAACCACAACAGUGGCCACAGGAUUUCCUCUGGCAACAACUACAGCAAGUGGUUUUAGUUUCGGUGUUCCAACAGCGAAACCUCUAACAGGAUCCACUGGCUUGACUUUUGGUACUCCAAAUCCUAUGGCUACUGGAACUGGAUUUAGUUUAGGCAGCACAACUACGACUACAACAUCCACAUCUACAGUGGCAACAGCCCCAAGCUUAAAUCUCACCAGCAGUGCAGCACCAUCACUAGCAACACCAGGACUUUCAUUUGAUGCCUCGAAAACUGGUACCACUACAGCCGCUUCCACAGGAUUUUCUCUUGCAACAACUACAGUGGGGGGAUUUAGCUUCGGGGUUGGUACAACAGCAACUACUUCAACAGCAUUUCCUUUGAGCAAAACAACUUCUGCUGCUGUCUCAACAAAUUUAACAGCAUCAGCCCCCCACACUUCUUUGGGAACCACCACUACUGUUACUUCAGCGACUGGUGUUCAGCCAGCAGCUAUUAAUUUCUGUCAGCUUGAAGAAUCGAUCAACAAGUGGACCUUAGAAUUGGAAGAACAGGAGAAAGUUUUCGUGAAUCAAGCGACACAAGUGAACGUUUGGGACAAAUUGCUGAUAACGAACGGAGAAAAGAUAGUGAUAUUGAAUCAAGAGGUCGAGAGGGUGAAAUUUGAACAACAGCAAUUGGAACAUGAACUAGACUAUGUUAUUGGGCAGCAGAAGGAGUUACAAGAAUGCCUGGUACCAUUGGAGAAAGAACUGGCAUCGCUGUCUGUUUCGGACCCCGACCGAGAGUACACAUACCGUUUGUCGGAAACCCUUGACACACAAUUAAAGCGCAUGUCAGAGGAUUUGAAGGAGAUAAUAGAGCACUUAAACGAGGCUAAUCGCGCUCAAGACUCUAGCGAUCCCAUUGUCCAAAUUGGAAAGAUCUUGAACGCGCAUAUGAAUAGUUUGCAGUGGCUGGAUCAACAGACGUCUUUGUUGAACCAGAAAAUACAACAGAUUGACCAGAUGCAUCAGAGCUUUAGACAAGAAAGUGAACAAAAUCUGCACCUAGCUUACAAUUAGUCGAUCGCGUCCGUCGUAUUGCGCCCAGCGAUACGAACUCGCAUAGAUCUGUAAGUUAUUUUGUUUUUCUUAUUUCUUCUCUUGGUAUUAACUUAGUUAAUUUAACAAAAAGAAUGGACGAUGCGCAGAUAAAUAUGAAAAAUA